UCCUCCGCCUGCGGUGGGCAGGACGCCUGCGCUUGGCGCUGCCUCGGGAAGGCGGCGGCGGCGGCAGCGUCCCGGGAGAGCCAGCACGGUGGGCGCCGCGGGACGCUGCCCUUCGCCUUGCUUCGCGGCGGGGAAGAAGGGCGAGACAAAGGACGAGCGGCGGCCUCGGGGGUGGCGGCGGCUGCAGCUGUUGCCGGCGCCAUGGGGGAGAGACUACGAGGCCAAGCCGGCGUCUCUUCGGCUUCGGCGGCGCCGGCGGCUGCCCCCACCUGCUCGCUGCACAACGGGCUUCCACCGCUGCACAACGGCUUCCACCCUCUGGCCGGCCAUGGCGAGGCUUCCUCCCACCCGCUGCAUUUUCGUCCCGAGCUGCCGCUCUCCAGCCACGACUCGCCGACCAAAAAAAGCAGGGCGCGCCGGAGGAUGGAUUCGGGCAGAAAGAACAGGCCGCCAUUCCCAUGGUUUGGCAUGGACAUUGGUGGGACCCUUGUUAAACUGGUAUACUUUGAACCAAAAGACAUUACAGCUGAAGAAGAGCAGGAAGAAGUGGAAAACCUCAAAAGCAUCAGGAAGUAUCUGACUUCCAACACAGCCUACGGUAAAACAGGGAUCCGAGAUGUCCACCUGGAACUGAAAAACUUGACUAUGUGCGGACGUAAAGGGAAUCUCCAUUUCAUCCGUUUCCCAAGCUGUGCUAUGCACAGGUUCAUACAGAUGGGCAGCGAAAAAAACUUUUCCAGCUUGCAUACCACGCUUUGUGCCACUGGAGGCGGAGCCUACAAGUUUGAGGAAGAUUUCCGAAUGAUUGCUGACCUCCAGCUUCAUAAGCUAGACGAGUUGGACUGCCUGAUCCAAGGUCUUCUGUAUGUGGAUUCUGUCGGCUUCAACGGCCAGCCCGAAUGCUAUUAUUUUGAAAACCCCUCAGCCCCUGACCGGUGUCAGAAAAAGCCUUACUGCCUUGAUAACCCCUUUCCCAUGUUGCUAGUUAACAUAGGCUCUGGAGUCAGCAUCUUAGCAGUGUAUUCCAAAGACAACUAUAAGAGAGUUACAGGGACCAGUCUUGGUGGUGGUACAUUCCUGGGUCUGUGUUGUUUGCUGACUGGCUGCGAGACCUUUGAGGAAGCUCUAGAAAUGGCAGCUAAAGGAGACAGCACCAAUGUUGAUAAGCUCGUGAAGGAUAUUUAUGGAGGAGAUUAUGAACGGUUUGGUCUUCAAGGAUCUGCUGUUGCAUCAAGUUUCGGCAACAUGAUGAGCAAAGAAAAGCGAGAGACAAUCAGCAAAGAGGAUCUGGCAAGAGCAACGUUAGUCACCAUCACCAAUAACAUUGGCUCCAUUGCUCGGAUGUGCGCCUUGAAUGAGAAUAUUGAUCGAGUGGUGUUUGUAGGCAACUUCCUGAGAAUCAACACGGUCGCCAUGAAGGUGCUAGCCUAUGCCAUGGACUAUUGGUCAAAGGGACAACUCAAAGCUCUCUUUUUGGAACAUGAGGGUUAUUUUGGUGCUGUGGGGGCUCUUCUAGAACUGCUCAAAAUGACUGAUGAUAAAUGAGGAAGCUUCUAGAAGCUGAGGGAGCCGUCAAAGCUGCUUGAAGGAUGACAGCUGCUAGAAAGAUGGGAAAAAAGUCAUGAUGGCUGUUCUACCUGCUGGAUUUGUAAAUACUGUAAUAAUUUAAACUUAUUUUAGCUGAUCUUUUAAAUUUAGGGAUGGACGUUAACUUCAGACUUUGUACCAGGCAUUUUUAUGGGGAUACAACAUUUUUAAGAUAAAUGUGCAGUGUGGCCAAUUUUUAUGGAUUGUGUCUAAAAAGGCACCGAGUAGAAAAAGGACCUAAAUUAUAAGACACUGGUAUUAUUAUUAUUAUUGUUAUUUUCUUCUGGGGUUUACUGAUCUAGUGUGAUAAUGAUUCGUUUAGUAAUCGCUCUAGGAGAUUUUUUUUUAAUCUUUCAUGACGUUUCAUGAUCGCUGUUGGUUUCAAAUGAAACUGCAAAGCUGGCAUUUAGUGUGAACACUAAAAUAAUGAAUCUUGCUGCCUUCAUUCUAUUAAACUAUGUUCAUCUCCUUCAUAAAGUAACUACCUUUGUUUAGCUGUUCAUGUCAGCAGUAGUAAAUAGUACUUUUAGAUGUGUCAUCAAAUCUACUGAAAAGAAAGAGAAUACCUCAAUUUUUCUUAUAUUUACAUCUUGUGAAAAUUCAGUACUUAUUCACUGUAGUUUGAAAAUCCUUAUUUCUGGUUCUCUUAGCCAAAUACAUGUGAUUAUUGAAUAAAAGAAACGUCAGAGUUGUCUGGAAGGGCAGUAAAUGACACGUGUGUGAUGAUAUCACACAAAUUAUGCAACUUGUGCAAAUGCAUCAUGUCAUUGCAUAAGCCCUUCAUUAGUACAGUGACUUCAUGACCCAUCUGUCUUCCUUUUAAUGUCAUUGCAACUUGUAAUGGAUGCUUCUGGAUGAGGUAUUUAAACAUGUUGUGUCAUUGAAUGAUCUUUCUCCAGUGGAUAUAAUACCCCUGGAUUGCAUAUUCUAACUGCUGUCUCUGUAAAUCUUUUUUAUUUCAAAAGAAAAUUAAAAAAAAGUUACUAUCAUAUACUGUAACAAUCCAGAAAGAGGCUUACUUCAUCUUCAUUUGUGAGAAGUCAACUUUGAAGAACAGCAAUUUUUAUGGUAAAUAAAUACACACAUUGGGGAGACUUGUUAUGCUACAUUUUAAAUAUAUUUAAAAUGUCAGACAUGUCAUUUUUUUGUUAAAAAGCCACACUGAAAUUAGCCAAUGAUUGGUUGUAUUAAAAUUAUAAACACGGUAUUAUUUACUGUAUUAAUCUCUAUUUUUUGUUCUGCUAUCACAUUCUAAAAAGGCCAUUAAGGGAGAAUAUAGUUUUACUGAGUAAAUAUCCUCUAGUAAAUUGGAUUGUUUGGAAUAGAUAUUUGAUUUCUUUACCUUUCAAUACAUUAAAAUACAUUCGCUUAUCUGGCUGGAAUAAAAGUACAUUAUUACUGUGAUUUGUGGUGUAUUUGUGGCCUUAAGUAGAAAGAGUAAUUACGCUUUUAAAUAUUGGUGUUGGAGAAAUUCCUGAGAAUUCUAGUGAUAUAGACAAGAAAACAAACUAAUCAAAGCAAUACAGAGUUUUCACUCAAGGCACAAAUAACCAAGCUUCAAAUUAAGCAAAGUGCAUAGACUUAAUUAUAGGUAGUCCUCAACUUAACGACUAUUCAUUUAGUGACUGAAGUUACAAUGGGACUGAAAAAAGUGAUUUAUGAUCAUUUUUUACACUGCAAUAUCCCUGUGGUCAGGUGAUCAAAAUUCAGACACUUGGUAACUGGCAUGUAUUUUUGAUGAUUGCAGUGUCUGGGUGUGUGUGUCACAUAAUUACCUUUUGUGACUUGACAAGCAAAGUCAGUGGCAAAACUAAAUUCACUUAACAGUCGUGGCUUAACUAAUUUAACAACUGCAGUGAUUCACUUAAUUAUGAUAAGAAUUUAUGGUUGUAAAAUUGGGCAAAACUCAUUCAACAACUGUCUUAGCCACAAAAUCUUUGGGCUCAGUUGUGGUUGUAAGUCGAGAACUACCUGUAUAGUGAUGAGGGAUACACCUUUGGAAGACGUGAAGGGGAAGUUCGGAGACAGAUCAUCCUGGAGAAGAUCUAUCUAUGUAGCCACUAAGAGUUAACAUUGCUUUUUGUAUAAUUUUAUGAAGGAUUAUAUUAAACAGAUAAGGCAAAAACCUACUACAAAAAUAUAUUUAAAAAAUGAAAUAUUUAGAAAGUGAAGAAUCCCCUCCUU